UCCAGUUAUGGAACCCUAUCCCAGCUGGAGAUGACCGUCAGCUCCCGGAACUCCCCACCUCAGGGAGUCUCUUGGAGGAGGCACAAGCUUUACACCGUUCUGGACCAAAGAUGAUGAUUCCACCAGGAGAGUGUACGUAUGCUGGCAGGAAGAGAAGGAAACCCAUUCAGAAGCGGAGGCUUACCAUGGGGGCUGAGAAAUCAAAUCCUUCCAAACGUCACCGGGAUCGCCUCAAUACAGAGCUGGACCACCUGGCCAGCCUGCUGCCAUUUCCACCUGAUAUCAUCUCCAAGCUGGACAAGCUUUCCGUCCUGCGCCUCAGCGUUAGUUACCUCAGGGUGAAGAGCUUCUUCCAAGCCUUGCAGGAGACAUGUGUAUGGCCAGCUCCAGCCCUGCCACCUGAAGACCACUCACACAGAGGGUUCCCUGUGCAGGAGGGACGGCUGCUGCUGGAGUCUCUCAAUGGCUUCGCUCUGGUGGUGAGUGCAGAAGGGAUGAUCUUUUAUGCUUCAGCAACAAUUGUGGACUAUCUGGGCUUCCAUCAGACAGACGUGAUGCACCAAAACAUUUAUGACUACAUCCAUGUGGAUGACCGACAGGACUUCUGUAGACAGCUACAUUGGGCCAUGGACCCUCCACAGGUGAUGUUUGGGCAGUCCCCACAUCCCAACACAGACGAUACCAUCCUUGGGAAGUUGCUCAGGGCCCAGGAACAGGGCAAGGGCUUGCCCUCAGAGUACGCAGCCUUCUUGACACGCUGCUUCAUCUGCCGUGUUCGCUGUUUGCUGGACAGCACCUCUGGCUUUCUGACUAUGCAGUUCCAAGGAAAGCUAAAAUUCCUGUUUGGACAGAAGAAGAAGGCACCAUCAGGAACAGCCCUGCCCCCGCGGCUCUCACUGUUUUGCAUUGUGGUGCCAGUCCUGCCUUCGGUGACUGAGAUGAAAAUGAAAAGUGCCUUCUUGAGGGCGAAGCACAGGGCAGACUUUGUGGUUACAGUGGACUCCAGGGCAAAAGCUGUUACAAGUCUAUGUGAAUCAGAAUCACAUCCCAAACCCAAUUACUUAGCAGGAAGGAGCAAUGGAGAAAAUGGCAUUUCACUCUUCAGGGGACAAACAGAUAGGAGCCACUGGGCCCGGGCCCUAGCCAGGCCUUCAUGUCUCUGCCUCAGGGGUGGUCCUGACCUCCUCCUCGACCCCAAGGGGGCUUCAGGGGACAGGGAAGAAGAGGACCAGAAACACAUAGUAAGGAGAUCUACUGGUGCCCGGGGGCAGAGGGAGAUGCACAAGUACAAUUAUGGCUUGGAAACACCGAUACACUUGAGGCACCUGAACUGGAGCACAGAACAGAGAAGUCAGGAGGUCACUACCAAGCUGACACGGCAGCCCAGUAAGAAUGAGCCAUCCACCUGUCCAAUGACCCAUGGUUCCUGUAUGCCCUACCCUGGAGGCCAGGGCAUGUUCAGUACCGGCAAUAUGGCUUCUUUCAAAGAUUCACCAGACUAUCACACUGGUGCCUACUGCAGUCAGAUGAACAGACCCUUGCAAGAUAUCCACCAGGUACAUCCCUCCACCUGUCAUAUCCCCCAGGGAAGCCUAGGAUCCAGGAUCCCUCUGCAUGGAAUGCAGCGCUUCUCAGCCAGGGGUUUUUCUACAGAGGAAACAAAAUUGCACAGCCUGCCAGUCACCAUGGACACCCCAUAUAAUCCAGUAUUAUCACUGGAAGUACCAAUCAAGAUGGAAAAUGAAUCUGGGACCCAGAACAUAGUUGAUGUCAGCACAACUAGUCGGGUAUGGUUGGGAGCUAGCGACAUGGCCAGGAGACAUCUGGUCAGUUUCCCUGCCAGGAUGCACCUGAAAGCAGAGCCCGACUAUAGGCAGCAGGUCUGUACCCCACACCUUGGGCAUGGUAUGCUAGGAACGAAUCCCCACAGCAGAGAUACUGUGGGAUCCUGCAGGGAGCCGGCUCCUCUCCGUCCUGCACAUUGCACCUGCCUGGAUCCAGAGUCUCCUCACCACCUCUUCAUGCAGGGUCACAAUGAGAGCCAGCACCCCUCUUUGGGCCAAGACUGCAGAGCUCCUAUUGUUAAGCGUGAGCCCCUGGACUCACCAUCAUGGGCUGGUCCUGGCCAAGUGACUGUGCCCAGGAUGUUCACUAAGGAUGCCUCUAUAGCUGUGAUCCCACCUAAAGGCUCUGAUGGGAUUUUCCUACCCUAGAGCUGCGGUUCUGCUGGAAAUUUCAGUCCUUGGAUGACGGAAUGUGAUCAGAGAUUCUUCUAGUGACACUCUUUACAGAACUCCAUGAGUGAGGCUGAGAUUCCCUGUGUGUAGCUGAGUGGUAGAGUAUCCUGAAUCAUAUAGAACAUCAGAGGAUUCUCAUGAAUAAACCUAAGUCUGUUCAAGUGGACAGUAUUUCUCUUUGAAAUUAAUGUGCUUAUGAAAGUAGCCAAUAGUAUUUUAUGGUGGGCAACCCUCAACUGGUGUGUCAAAGUGAUGUGUCCCUGGUACCCAGUCUUUCUACAUCUCCUGCCUGUAUUCAACAGAAGUUCUGAGGCUUCUAAGGAGAUCUGAAGCCACACUUUGCGUAGUGGUGGUCAGGGAAACAUCCCAUCCCAUUUGGUAUUUUCUGUGGAUUUCUAAAUAUGAUUUAUGUACCUGUAUCUCUGUGCACAUUACAUGGUGGAGGUUAUAGUGUCCAGGUCAGAAAUCAGGGAAGCACAACAUACAAAAAAGGGUGAAGCCACACUGGUGAGGAUGAAUUGUCCCUGGCUAUUGUCUACAGAGCUUUCCUGUAAGGGCAACGGUUCCUAGCCCAGAGAGACUUAGGGACAGGAAGGCAGCCAGUAUUUGUUCUGAAUUGCCAAGGCAAUGUACUCUGAUUGUAGGAUAUGUGGAUAUUAAAUAUGAAACAGAAAGAAAGGGUUACCACGAAUCAUUGGCAAGAUGACUUAUGGCUGGUAGAGCAGUUGAGAGUGUUCCAGGGAAGGGCUCAGACCAAAAAUCUUGCUCCAUUAGCACAGGGGCCACUGAAAAGGAAAAUGCCUGCUGUGCUCUGCCUACCUCUAUGGUACAGAGAGUCUUCAUCGGGGAUGAGCAUCCACCUCUGAUGUCACUUCCCCUGAGGUCUUAGGAAUGCCUGCUAAGGAGCUUGAUGGAGCUCAUGGCUAAUUCUACUAGGCAGUCUCUUCAAUACAGACUUUCUUUCCUUAUCUAUGGCCCCAGGAAAUCAUUGCUCAGCUACUGGCUUAGUGAAGAAGCUGUCUGGAAAAUGCCUAUCACCUUGUUAGAAUCUGGUUGGGUGGGCAGAACCAGGUUCUCUGCUCAGCUUUUGAGAUGUCUGGCUCUCAAGAGGACUCACUGUGGGACAGGGAAUCACCUGAAGAUCUAGAACUGAGAAUUACCCACUACAGGAGCCUGGGAACUUGUGUUCUCUCUGUCCCCCAGUCCACAGAGGCUUUUCAAAUGGGAAAGGCAGGAGCUGUGCUGUCACAGAUGUGAGGCUUGCUCAUAACGUCACAGCAGCUUCUCCAUUACCUAAAUAAAGCCUGCACCUUGUGCCCAGCCACCGAUCUCCCUCCUUCCCUCAAACUGUCUCAGUCCCACUUUGCACAUUUCUGACAAGCACAGCUUACACUGUGGGUCCUAAUGAAUAACAACAGGUACAAUUUGAGUCUUCCUCAACACUUCCUAUUCUAACCACAUGCCCAACUCCCAAGGGCAGAAUAUGCUCAAACCCCCCAUGUGUCUGACAUUCUAGUAUUUCUCUCUGAAAGUGAUUAGUUAUGUUCCUAUCCUCAGCCAGACUCAGCAUCCUAUAUGCUUAUUACACAAGAAGCAGAGAACACAGUAAACUCUUAUGCUCCAAUGUAUACAACAUUUCCCAGGCAUACUGGAGCCAGUGGAAGAAACCUUGGAAAAGAGUCAAGAAGAGGGAAUUCAGAGACAUAUUUAGGAAUAGUGGUGUGUAUUACAGCACUAAAGAGAUUGAAGCCUAUGAGACCCUUUUCAAAAUAAAAUAAAAUAAAAUAAUAAAACGCAUUAUUAUAUAUUUAUCAAUCUUAGCUAGAUUCCCCAUCCUCUAGCUAUGUAACCAGAGAGGAGCCAUGUUCCCCAGAUACUCUGAACCUUUCCGAUGAACCUCAUCUGCACACUGCUGGGAUGAGUUACCAAGUGUGAAGUGUGGGCAGCUCAACUGGGACCUGGGCUUUCCCUGCAGGUCAGGCUUUGUGUACACUGAGUUCUGCACUUGGAUAUCAGUUCUGCAGAUUUUGUGUCUGUGAGACAUCACAUUACAUGGCAAGCUUGGAUACUUGGUGUCAACACUGUCCAAGGAAGCUCAAAACUCCCACAUCUGCACUUUUGUUGCUCAUUCAUCACAAGUGCCCAGUCAACUUGUACAGGAGGUGCACUGAGGUUACCCCUGCUUUAUGAGUUCACCAUCUACACUAAGCACAGGCUCACACUUUUUGUGAUAUCUAACUUUUGCCUAUGUGGCUAAAAUAUCAAAAUCAAAUAUAGUGAGAGAUGGGUUAAGAAGUAAUAUGAAUACAUAUUUACAUUUGCAGUUUCUACUAGAAAAAAUCCUCAAGAUCUAGACUGGCCCAACAAACUUUAAACAGAUACACUACAAUGCAGCUUUCUGUGCUGUUUUCUCGGUGCUCUGUUUUAAC